AUGGCACAUGCUGAUGCUUCAUCAUCUGAGCCCAAAUUUAUUGAUAGGGUGAAACACGAGAUCCACAUUGGAGUCCUAGAAGAGCUAAGAGAAGUUCGCUCAAAUGUCCAAAGCGGAAUUCGUGGCCAUGAUGUGGUUGGAUGCUGUGUUCAUCAUGGAGCUUUUCUUGAGAAACUGAGUUUAAAUCACACAGUUCCAAGCACGAGAAAGAGCAGAAGCAAACCGAAAUGGGAGAAACUCUAUGAUGAGGUUGUCCCUCCUCGCUACAAGAAGCAUGCUAGCUUUGUUGAUCUUGCCAUCGAGUACUUUGCAUUCUAUGACAGAGUGUGCUUUGAGAAAGGUGAUGAGAAGAGAAGGAUACCACAACUGAAGGUGGACCACAACACUGAAUGUGUGUUCAGGAACCUCAUUGCCUUUGAGCAGUGCCACUAUCCUGAGAAUCCUUACAUUUGCAAAUAUGUGUCUCUUAUUGACUCUCUUAUCCACACUCAGCUUGACGUAGAGUUGCUGGUUGAGAAGGAAGUGAUUAUCCACAAUGAUGGAUGUGGUUUAUAA